GUGGUUUAGGCAGAUGGACACAGCAUGGGCUGCCAGAUGACCUUGUAACAAUGCAAAACACACCCAGGUCUGAUCAACAUGCGGUGGGGCUCCGUUGGCUGAGGGUGUCUUGUGAUAAAGGGCCGAAACACACAAUGAGGCUGAGGUGCACAACUGACGAUGCGUCGCAUUGUUGGGAACCAUACAAAGGGCAUUAUCAGCAGCACCUCACCAAAAGGCAUCUUUCCCCCAGGAUAAUGGAUGUGAUGAAAGUGGGAUCGGACACACAACUCAUGAAAUGUCUCUCUGAUUAUAGCAAGGAAAGAAUUCCAGUGGCGGCAGCCAUGCUCAUGUGUGAUUACCCAAUAAAGACAGAAAUGGAGACGUCUUUUUAUCCGACUUACCCCAGCCUGAUUAAAUCACCAUCUGAGGGAUUUGGAGUUGUCGUAUCUCCUGUGGCUACUGCACCGACGCCCCAAGUGUACCCCACUCACUUCUACCCUCCCACUUCAAGCCCAUACCAAUAUCAAGUACACUACUCUUACAGGAGCCCCUCACAGACACACCCCCAGUCCCAAGACGCCCAACACUCCCAAAACGAACCUGUCGACUUAACCGUGAACAAAAGAUCCUCUGUUUCCUCUCCUUCAUCAUCAAUGUCAUCAUCACCCAGAGCUACGCCACCAUCUCCUUACGAGCGAAUCAGCCCGGUCACGCGCCCUCGCCAAGGCUCCAUUUGUGUAACAGGAAGUGUUUCCGGGUCAUCCCAGACAAGACAGCUGACCUCACCGGUGCAUUUUCCCAUCCCUACGGUGACGCAGGUUUUGACUCCCUUUGUCCCUGUUAUUCCGAUGCUGCAUUCGUUACCAGUUCUUUAUCCUCCUCAUCUACACAUGUCCCCCUCCAUCAUGAUAUCCCCCGUCACACCCGAAGAUCUUGUUAACCACAAACAGUUUCCAACUAUGAAGUCAGAGAAUCCCCCUGACAACCAUGAGCUCAAGCCGAUCAAAUCAGAGCCCCGCCCUGAGUACACUCAGGAUCCCCACAGCCAGGAAAUGACCUCAUCCGUCAUCACUGCCCCACCGAGCUACCAGGGGAACACGCAAUCUGUAAUCGUACGUCGAAAGGUUGAAUCUCCAGAUCCGUUAAAGAAGCGUCGAAUUCAUCGCUGUGACUUUAAUGGGUGCAAUAAAGUCUACACUAAAAGCUCCCACCUGAAAGCUCACAGACGCACACAUACAGGAGAGAAGCCUUACAAGUGCAUGUGGGAUGGAUGUACGUGGAAGUUCGCCCGCUCUGAUGAGUUGACCCGUCACUUCCGGAAGCACACGGGCGUAAAGCCCUUCCAGUGCCCUGAUUGCGAUCGAACCUUCUCUCGCUCCGAUCACUUGGCCCUGCACAAGAAGCGUCACCUGCUGGUUUGAACACAACUCUGCAACGCCAGAACAGGGCCGAAAUUGCACCUUCAAUUAAGUAAUCUUCAGUGAUGUUAAAGGGGCAUUUUAUGUAUCCCACCCUCUUCCUGUCCAGGAAACAAAGUGGAAAGUGAUGGAUCAUACAAUGGCUAGCUUUUACUCCAUGAAAAAAUGGAUCUUGUCCCCAUUACUAUGGAUAUGGACAGUGCUCAUAGUGCUAUGGAUAUGACCCUCAUAUUGCCUUUUCCUCAUAACAAUCGUCCUUUUUCUUGUUUCGCCCUCUGCUGGUCAGAGGGUGCAUUGUGCCAGUUAGAGCACUACACCGACGCAAGCAAAUACACAAUAAACACACAACAAAAUAUCAGUAGCUAGAAACACACAUUCACGCACACACUUGUAAUGUAGUUAUUGGACGCAACUCGGGUCAAACCUGCAGAAUGUGAAUUUUUUUAUAUUAUUAGGAAGAUGAAUGUGUAUACACAGAUCCUGUAUAUGUAUUCAACAUGUUUGUUUCAAGGACCAAAGCUGAUUGCCGUACUUGUUCUUAUGCUAUCGUGUGAUUGGGUUUUUUAAUUGUUGUACUUUGUUUUUAUGGGUUAAGAUCUGGUAUUGUUACAAAAUAGAAGUGUUUGGUUAUGGUUUUACAAGUGACCUGACCUAUUACUCACAAGCUUGGCAUGUUUUACUAAUCACAAUCAUGAAUUAAUACCGUAGUUUAUUACCGUAAGUACUAUGUACUGUGUAAGUUCUUUGCAACUAUGCACAAUAAUGAUAGCAAUGAUAUUAUCCCACUUGAAUUAAAAAAAUACAGUUAGAAAAUAUGUGACCUUGCAUUUGAGGUUAAAAUAUUACGUCUUAAAUCCUAAUAGGGUGGUCUUUAAAAGCACGGGAUGGAUACAGCGUCCAAUCAGUGUCUUUGUUUCCUCACUAGUCAAUAUCCACCGUAUGAAUAUUAGUUGCAAGGACUUAUAGCUUCAUUUUGCAAUUAUUCACAUUUGAAUAGUAAUCAUAAUAGUCAUAUAAUCGUAAUAUUUAGUAGCGUCUAAUUUUGUUGUAUCAAAACCAGUGUCAAUAACUUUAUUUUUUUAUUUCACUGAGGGGUUUUU